ACAUCACUUUCACCGUUCACUCAUUUCUCUCUCUCUCAACUAAGAAUAGUAGCCUUUACAGCUUUAGCUACUAACAACAGUACACUUUCAAACCUCCAUUGAACUAUAUACUCUCUUUCCUCUUUUAUACAAACAAAAGAGAAAAUAAAGUUCUCUACCUUAAAUGCUCCUUUCUACCAUUCUACUUCUGUUAUUACAUCCAAACUUCUAAACACUUCUUCAUUCCUCAACCAACCCAGUUCUUCACUCUUUCAUAUCUCUAGAAAAUAGUUUAAAAAUAUAUAAUAUUAUUUUAUUUUAUUUAUAUAAAGAGACAGAGUGAGAGAGAGUGUUUUUAAGAUGGACUUUGGAGGGAACAUGUUCUGUCUCAACAACAGAGACCAAAAUAAUGUUACUAACGGUAACAGUAACAGUAACGGUUUUACUUGGGUUAGUACAUGGGACACAACCAACACUUUUCACGUUACGGCGGAAAACUCCGCCGUCAACCGUCAAGAAGGCGGUUUAGCCAACGCGCUCAUGUUUGUCCCUCAUAACGCUGUAGGCGGACGACAGUAUCGUAGCAACUACGCAGAAGCGUACGGCGGCAGAGAUUUGUCAAAUUCUCACGUGCAGUUGGACCCACAUCUCACGUGCUUGAAGUUAGGGAAGAGGCAUUAUUUUGAGGACGCGAGUGGCGGCGGUGGCGGUGGAGGGUUGGUGGUGUCGGAUAAGAGAGGGAAAGGAGGGUACUGUAGUGGUGGGAAGACGUCGGCGGCGUUAGGGGUGGGGAGUUCGGUGGCAAGGUGUCAAGUGGAAGGGUGCCACGUGGCAUUGAUGAACGCGAAGGAGUAUCAUAAGAGACAUAAAGUUUGUGAGAUGCAUUCAAAGGCACCAAAAGUUGUGGUGUUGGGUUUAGAGCAGAGAUUCUGUCAGCAGUGUAGCAGGUUCCAUGUUGUGUCCGAGUUCGAUGAUUCAAAGAGGAGUUGUAGGAGGAGACUGGCAGGGCACAAUGAGAGAAGAAGAAAGAGCUCCCAUGAUUCUGUUGCUAGGAAUUCCCAACAAGGCGAGUGUGCUCUCUCUCUUCUGUCAUCUAGGACUGAUUCAUGGCUUUCUCCUGCUGAUCUCUCCAUAAGAUGCAGUGCUGCAUUAAGCGAAUUGAUAGCGGAAAACCGAGCAGCCAUAAUGGCUAGGCAAUAUGUCCCAGAAAGAGAUUGGCAUGUUCAGCACCAUUCAGUGGAAGACUACAAAGAAAUCCAACAGGAAUCCAAUUAUUUCCCACAACAGAUGUUUCCCCAGACACAUUAGUCAUGGUUUCUAUGGCUAGGAGCUUGCAAAUGGAUUUCUCGCAAACACCGAAAUCAUUGCAGUCAGUUAAAUCAAAAUUAUCGGAUGAAGAUCAAACGUCUCAUAUGUUGUUAGUUGUUUUUUAAAUCUAUUUUUUGAGCUCAAAAAUAUGAAUCGUCUUAUCUUCAUCCAACGAUUCUGAAUGACUGACUGAGUGUGUGGUUUGUGACUGGUGAAGCUUGGUGUCUAUUGUAGGCUGGUUGGUCUAAAAGUUAGGGAAAUAAGAAUGUCCCAAAUAAAUGAAUGAUACUGUUUUCAACUAUUUUAAUAAUAUCCUAAAAAUAUAUUUUUUGAACAUUUUUCCAGUAGUUAUUAGGGUAUUAAAUUGUAGGAUUGUAUUUGCAUCUCUAAUUUAAUUGUUGCUAAGCAUAA